CACAGGAAGUUGCGCCUGCGACCGGAAGUGGCAACCAUUGUUGUAGUCUUUCCUUGUUGUGGCUAUGCAAUGCUGAGUGCCUGCCAACAAAUUAGGGCCAGGCACAAUGAUCACGUGGUCGGUUCAUUUUACAUGAAAGAAGAAAUAUGGAACCGACGCACCCUGAGACAGGCCCAGUGCUGCCCAAUGUUCCCGGAGACUUCUACAUUUUCUGGAACAUUCUGGUUCCCCUGUCUCUUCUGGCCAACAUCUACCACUUUGGUGUGCGCACGCACGAGUUAGGAUUAAUACUUCUUCUAUGGCUGAAUCCUUUUCUGUUAAGGCUCAUUGUACAGAGUCCAAUCCUAUCCUGGCUGAACACUAUCUUUAUCAUUAUCUGGCUGGAGCGUAUCAUGAAGCGAUGGGCGUGGUUCAAGAUCUACACGUGCACGUUCUUCAGAAACUUGAUGCUGCUCCUGCUGUUCCUGGUCAUACCAGGCCUGCUCAUGAACUAUAUUUGGCUACCAAUCUAUAACGCUUUACCAACUUGGUUAGAGCGCUACUUUCACUGUCACAAUAAGACCAUGCUCAGGCUCUACUCCAGUAUUAUUCUUCUCUUGAUCAGUGUGGGUAUGCUCCUGCAUGCCAUAUACUUCUACACACAUUCUUGCGGGUGUAUUCCUUUACCCAGCUGUCCCAAAAUGCCUUGCUGCUUGUCGAAUAAGAAAAACCGGAAGUGUGUCAGCAGUUCCGAUUCAUCGUCCUCAUGCCAUAUUGACAGGAAAAAAUGCUGAUCCAAUAUGGCCUCGUUCCACUCAUGUGUAGAAAAAUUUAAAAAAACAAAAGUAGCAAACUGUUGUCCUUAUACUAAAAAUGUUUUUUUAGCUUAGCAGAUUUUGUGAUGGUAAUAUGGGCAAUGUCUUCGAUUACGGACAUAAAGAAUGAGUGCAGUGUUUCACAUGACUACGUGUAGGUCAGUUAGUUAGAAUAACCACAAGGUAAAUAUUAGCUCUCAGUCUGGUCUACUCUCAUAUGUCACGAUAUAUUGAAUUCUAAUAUUUUCUAAUCACAUAUAUACAGGACACCUGAGUUGUUUUAAAUGAGACUUUUACUAAGUAUGCAAGAGUGUAACUUCUGUGUGUGUGUGUGUAUGAGGUUUAGGGGCGUGGGUUUAGAUACAUGUUGGAUCUGAUCGCACUAGAGAAAGAUUCCUCACAGUCAUUUUAACGUUGUAUGAAGUCCUCGACAUGUCAAUAAAAUUAGAUCAAUGUUACCUUA